AUGGUACUCCCUAACCUUCAUUGCUACCUGAGAGGGCCAGUUCUGCCCAUAGCAGCCACGCUGGGAUUAUCAUCUACUGAGGAUGAGGGCGAGGACCCCUGGUAUCACAAAGUGUGCAAGUGUGAUUGCCAAGGAGGUGCCAAUACCUUGUGGUCUGCGGGCACCAACUCCUUAGACUGCAUACCAGAAUGCCCCUAUCAUAAACCCCUGGGUUUCGAGUCAGGAGAGGUUACACCAGACCAGAUCACCUGCUCCAACCCGGAGCAGUACAUGGGCUGGUAUUCGUCGUGGACUGCCAACAAGGCCCGGCUCAACAGUCAAGGUUUUGGGUGUGCCUGGCUCUCCAAGUUCCAGGACAGCAGCCAGUGGUUACAGAUAGAUCUGAAGGAGGUCAAGGUGAUUUCAGGGAUCCUCACCCAGGGUCGCUGUGACAUCGAUGAGUGGAUGACCAAAUACAGUGUGCAGUACAGGACCGAUGAGAGCCUGAACUGGAUUUACUAUAAGGACCAGACCGGAAACAACCGGGUCUUCUAUGGAAACUCGGACAGAACUUCCACAGUCCAGAACCUGCUGCGGCCGCCCAUCAUUUCCCGCUUCAUCCGGCUGAUCCCGCUGGGCUGGCACGUCCGCAUUGCCAUCCGGAUGGAGCUGCUGGAAUGUGCCAGCAAGUGUGCCUGA